ACAGUGUAGUUCACAGAACUUCUAACAAGUGUUCUAGCUUGAGCUUAAUCAUUUAAACAUAUAUGGCGAAACCUUCAGUUGCUUUCUUCGCAUUCCUUCUUUUGCUCUUCAUUCUUGCUAUCUCGGAAAUUGCGACUGUGAAGGCAGAACUAUGUGAGAAGGCGAGCAAGACGUGGUCUGGAACGUGUCGUUACACGAAACACUGUGACAACCAGUGCAAGUCAUGGGAGAGUGCAGCCCAUGGAGCUUGCCAUGUUCGUAAGAAGAAACACAUGUGCUUUUGCUACUUCCACUGCUCCAAAGCCCAGAAGCUGAUCGAGCUAGUAUUAACGUUGUUUCUGCAUGUAAUUGGCGCUUCAAGUAUACUUGGUCCUAACGGGUGUAUCAAUUUCGUCAUCUAUAAAAUGCCUAAAUAUUCAUUCGGUUACAUUGCAAUACUAUUUUUCGUUCUUGCUAUCUCAGAAAUACAGGCAGCAGUUAGUAAUGCUCCAAAGUUAUGUGAAAAGCCAAGCAAGACGUAUUCAGGAUUGUGUUUCAACUAUGCUUGUGACAAAAAGUGUAUGGAAUGGGAGGCAGCAUUUCACGGUGCUUGUCACACGCGUGAAUCCGUAAACAACUGCUAUUGCUACUAUCACUGUGACAAAGCUCCUCCUGCCACAAAACCAGUUCCCCCUGAGGCAAUGGCUCCUUCACCUGAUGCUAGCGGUGGUACUGGAUCACCACCGCCAGCUAAGAAAAUUGUUGAAAAGGUCACAAAUUAAGCCCAUGGUGUGUA